AUGGGACUCCUCACCUAUGCCAGCCUCUGCCUUUUUGGCCUUCUGCUCUCCAGUCCUUUGACAGGAGCUGAGGCCAAUUCCUGUCCUAAUGAUUGGACGGAAGAUCCAGUCCAAGGGAACUGUUAUGCUUAUUUUGAUAACAAACUGACAUGGAGAGAAGCUGAGAUGGAGUGCCAGAACUAUGGCUCCAAGGCUCACCUGGCCUCUAUUCUUUCCGCGGAAGAGACAGAUUUCAUCGCCAAACACAUCAGCACUUACCAGCACGAAACAAGUAGUGUCUGGAUGGGUCUGUAUGAUCCCCGUCAGACUGGGAAAUGGAAUUGGAGUGAUGGAUCCAUUUACAAUUACAUGGCAUGGGCGAGGGGCCAGCCAGACUUUCUUCAUGGUCCUGAAUACUGUGUAGAACUCAACCUUUUCACAGGUUUUAAGCAAUGGAAUAAUAAUAACUGCAAGAAGAUGAACACCUACAUCUGCAAAAUUAAGCUGUAGAGCUACCUGUGUAUCACUGAGUUGUGUAUGCCGGAUGAAACUGGAUUAGAUGGAUAUGUCUUUAAUGAUUAUUUCCCACUUUUCCUGAUCUGGUACUCUGAAAUGCCAUAUUAUUUCUUUCAAAAUACUGUCUUUAAAAGGUUUUAAUUUGGUUUGACCUCUUUUUCUCACCCUUCUUAAUGGCUGCAGCUCAAUGUGAAGUUAAAUAAACUAUUGUUUAUGCAUCA